AUGUCUGUCUCCGACAUCUCCUCUCAAGCCUUGGUUGGAGCACCGCAGUCCUCUUCUUCCCCCUCUCCACGCGAAUCCUCCUUCCGGACAGAUCAACCCGCGCAGACUCCUACCAGACAGCCUCUUGCAACUGGGACAGAAACCCCCGACUUCGCGCCUUCUUCGUCUGUCAAGACCGAGGUGUCAAAUCCCGACUCUGAGCGUCACCCAAAGGGAAAGAGGAAGAGAACUGCUGCCAAAGACAAGUCGAUACUUGAGGCUGCCUAUGUUGCGAACCCGAAACCAGACAAGGCAGCACGCCUAGACAUAGUGAAGCGCGUCUCUCUCAACGAAAAGGAGGUCCAGAAUGACAGGCGCAAGUCGCGGCCCCUCUCCGCUCAGGAGAUCGCUGCCCUCCGGUACGGUGGUAUGCAGAUACUCUCUUCGGAUCCAGUUGCCUACACCUCUUCCCUGCCGGAAGAACAAGCAUCGCCAGUGGCAGAAACAGCUCCCAUCAACGCUGUCGUGCCUGCGGAGACUCCGGUCAAGGCUAUACAAGUGCGCGGAGACGAGGCGGAUGAACAGCCUCAACACGCAACACCGUCCAUUUUAAGUGGCGGUCCUGAGACGACGGUUUUGGAGACGCCAUUAUCCCAAGUCACGGCUUCCUCGUCUCAGCCUCACUCAACAGGGUCAUCCUCUUUUUCAAACUCUGUUGGGUUCUUCACAUCGUCUCAUUGGAACGCAGCAAGUGCCUUUUCAACCCCUUCAACGCUCAACCGCAGCAUUGACGAAACCCCCAAAUCCGAUCUAUAUACACCUGCGUCUUGCUCACCGCCUGCACAUGGAUCACCAACCCUGCCCUCUCCGCAAUCGUCGCAACAGUCGCAGGUGCGAUUGUCGCUUUCGCUCGAAGGCAAAGCUGAGCUUGUCUCUAAUGAGAACUCACCCCCUCGCUUUCAGCCUACGAAGCUAUUCUCGGAUUUGGCAGCCUUGCCUCAGCCCAGAAUAGCUCGACCACUCCAGCGCAGUCACAGUGCCCUCCCUAGCGUGACUCUACCACCCAUAACAGCCCUCACUGACUCGCUGCCACCGGCACUAGGACGAGGCAGAUCUCGUGACGCCCACGCUUGGGAGCUGUGCUGUGAUGCUGAUACUCGUGACGAGCUCACGACGCAAGCUGAAGAUGAGUCCAAUGGCUCUGCUGUCGCUGCCAUCAGUCUUCUCCGCUCAACCAGCGGCGUUCUUCAGAACAACAGCUCCAAACGGAACUGUCCUGCAAGUAGGCCGGCUUCUCGACCUCAACAGGCUAAGAAGCCUAAGCUCUGUCGCACAUCUUCCAGCAUGGCUAGAAUGCAAACAUCAUUCACUGAUAGCGAGGAGUCCGUAUCUCAACCAGGUGAAGAGAAAGGCCUGGGUGACAAGGUCAAGGUGGACAUGCUGAUAUCUCCAUCGGGUGAUUCUGAUAAGGAGAAUUGGACACCUGAGAACCAAGGCAACAUGCGUCGGUUGCCGCCAGUUAAUGACCGAAGACCUUUGCCGGCUACCGUUGACAGCCAGAACAAUGCGAGACGAACAGGUCGUACUUUACAGGACCAUCCCGGGCCUGCUAUAUUCAGCAGCAGCCGGGCCAGAACGAUGCCCGCUAUGGGAUGCCGAGGAUCCGGAAAAUAUGUCACCAUAUUCGAGGAUAAGCAGAGCUCAAGCUCGCCUACAACAAAGGGCGCAGACGAGGUGGAGAGUUUCAUGCGCGGCGGCGAUGUGAGCCCAAGCAAGAAGGGCGACAUGGAUUGCAUCGCAGUCGGCUCCGUGGUAGCAACGGACAGAUGCAAGUCCAACAACAUGGGCAGUGGCCCCAUCGUCAAGCGAGUUGCGACACAGGAAGACACACUCUCGCUCUCUAAUGUCGCACUGCGUAUCAGUUGA